GAGCAGGCCCAAGUGGAGCAGGUCCAAGCAGAGCCAGUCCAAGCUCAAUCUAUGGAGGAGCUGCUGCAGGACCCAGAGGUCAAGAAAAUCCUGGACACUCCGUCCAACACGGUCUACGACGAGUUCUUGGAAGGGCGCUACGAGAAGCCACAGGAGCCGACAGGCGCCAGAGAAGAGGACCCGUCCGACCAGAGUGGCAAAAGGCAGACAACAGGCAUGUGCGAAGAAGUGGGACUUCAGGAAACUGCAGCGCGAGCUGCGGUCCCUGCAGGACCUGCUCCAGUGUGGCUGGGACGUCAGGGAGGAGCUGGAGGAGACCAAAAAGAGCUUGAAAAGGCACUUUGAGGAGGAAUCCAAGCGAAUCGUCUUUCGUUCCAAGGUGGAGAACCUGGAGAAGGGUGAGAAAUGUAACUCUUUCUUUUUCAGGAAGCUCCAUGCCGGCCACACGCCCCUGACUGAGCUACGAGAUGAGACCGGACACAUGAGGAGUGGCAAGGAGGAAGUGAUGGGGGUCGUCUCCGACUUCUACAGCAACCUCUACGCCCCCAAGUCAUCCGACCCUGAAGCCGCCGAGAGGUUCCUGUCAGAGCUCUUCACUGAGACUAUCCGGCAGAAUGGAGAGAUCAGAGGGAUCACCGCACCAGGACCAGAUCGCCACGAGGUCAAGUGCUCGCUCUACAUGGACAACAUGACCGUCUUCUGCGCUGACCAGCGUUCGGUGACUGCACUCGUCCAGACCUGCGAGGACUUCGGCAGAGCUUCGGUGGCAAAAGUCAACUGCGGGAAGUCGGAGGCCAUGCUCUUCGGGGAAUGGCACCUGGCUUCUUCCGCCCCCUUCCCCUUUACUGUUAAGCCGGACUUCAUUCAAAUUCUUGGAGUCUGGUUCGGGAAGGAAGGAGCGGCCCUUAAGUCUUGGCAAGACCGACUAGGAAGGAUAAACUCGAAGAUCGGACUGUGGAGCUCCAGAAAGCUCACGAUGGAAGGCAAGGCACUUGUCCUAUGGAGUGAAGUUUUGCCUGUGCUCCAAUAUACCGCACAGGCCUGGCCUCCCCAUACCACCGUUUGCAAGGCCAUCACCCGGACAGUGUUUGGCUUCGUCUGGGGCAAAAUGGACAGAGUCAAGAGGACCGUGAUGUACAAGGAGCCCUGCAAAGGUGGGAAGGGAAUACCCGACAUCCCCGCUCUGCUGAGGGCCUCCUUUGCAUGUGUCACGGUGCAGCGGACUCUUGUUGUAAAGACUGGCUCAGCGGGCAGGUCCCAUGUCUCACUUGCUUCUCAUGCCCCUCUGGAGACAGCUGGGCUGGGACAAGUGGGACAGCUCCAUCCCUUACAACUGGAGCACUCCCUGGUUCUAUGGGGAUGUUGUCCGGUUUGUGAGGGAGCACCAGCUGGAAGGACUGAAACCCGACCUAUGGAAGCCGAAGACAAUCCACAAGCUCAUCCGAGCUAAGGACUUGACC